AUGCCCGAGGACAGUGGGCCCAUAUGGUGCCCGAUGACAGCACCAUGGAGGAGGGUGCCAUCACUACCUCUUCAUCAUCAUCAGGCAGGUCCCACGCUGGAGGAAAUACUGCUGGACCCACUGGCUGAGGCAGUGAUGUACCUGAAUUCAACAUAUGGCACAAAUGUUCCAUUGGUGUUAAUGAACUCCUUUAACACUGAAAGUGAAACUCAAAAAAUGAUAGAAAAGUACAAAGGUUUGAAUGUGCAAAUACAUUGCUUUAAUCAGAGCUGUUACCCUCGAAUAAAUGAAAGCUCAUUCCUUCCAGUUGCAGCAGACUGUGAUAUCAAAAGUAACAAGGAAGCGUGGUACCCCCCUGGUCAUGGAGAUUUUUAUGAAAGUUUCAGCCAUUCGGGGCUUCUUAAUCAAUUCAUUGAAGAGGGACGCAAAUACUGUUUUAUAUCAAACAUUGACAAUUUAGGUGCUGAAGUUGAUCUGAAAAUUUUAAAUCUGAUGGGCAGUGCGCAAAGUGUACAUGGCGGAGAACUUGAGUUUUUAAUGGAGGUUACUGAGAAAACAAAGGCAGAUGUUAAGGGUGGUGCAUUAGUCAUAUAUGAAGAGAAGCUUCAGCUGCUUGAGACGGCACAAAUACCUAAAGAGCAUUUAGAAGACUUUAAAUCUAACCCAAUUUUUAAAUAUUUCAACACAAAUAAUUUAUGGAUACAGUUAAAUGCUGUGAAACGAAAUGUCGAAGAAAAGUGGCUAGAAAUGGAAGUCAUUGUUAAUAAAAAGAAGAUGUCAAAUGGACUCCCUGUUAUACAGCUUGAGACAGCAGUGGGGGCUGCGAUGAAAUCUUUUGAUGGAAGCAAAGGUGUCAACGUUCCACGCCGUCGGUUUUUGCCAGUUAAAAAAACUUCGGAUCUAUUGCUGGUGAUGAGCAAUCUGUAUAAAUUGAAGAACGGAUCACUUUCAAUGAACCCUCUUCGAGGAAGUGACACGGUACCCCUUGUUCACCUUUCUGAAGAGUAUUAUAAGGAGGUGAAGGACUUUCUCGCCAGAUUUCAAAAUAUCCCAGAUAUUCUGGAAUUGGAAUUUCUAACAGUAUCUGGAAACGUUUAUUUUUCUAAAGGAGUAUCUUUAAAGGGUACAGUUAUCAUUUUUGGUAAUGGCAGCAACAAAGUCUGCAUUCCACCAAAUGCUCUGUUACAAAAUAAAAUAGUCAAAGGCGCCUUAAAUAUUUCUGAUUUUUAACGAAAUUAUUUUAUAGAGAUUUUUUGUGAAGUUAUUGGCUUGCACAAAA